AUGGUGAACGCUAAAGGGAAGAAAAAAGGGCCUCCGUAUGUGGAGGAGCCCGACUACACCUAUAUUGUUAUCUGUGAUCCUUGGCCGGGCGACAAGAGCGGAAAGGAUCGCAGUGAACUGUACUACAAGUUCAUUGCUGCUUGGGUAUGGUUCAUGCUCGGAAAAUCAGACUCAGGCUGGCCAGAAGUCAUAUUCUCCGUGCAUACACGUACGGAUGUCAUCGUGGCUCUACCGAAAGAGGCGGUAGUCACUCCAAUCCUUGGUGCGCAUCUUUGGUCAGAAUUCCUAACUCUGAAUGCAGCUACGAGGCGUGUCUCGUACGUGUUCCAGUAUAAUUACCGAAGCAACGGCGAGCCUAGUAAUCAUAAUUGGUUUGAGCAUUUUCCGAAUCCGAUUCAGAAAGAACCGCCGCCCAGCAUACCCUUCCAUGUCAAAUAUCCGUACCCUAAGAGUCACUGGGCAAUGCCAGUGGAGUUAAGCUGCAGAGACCUUGCGUUGAAAUUGCCGCAGACUCGUCAACGAACUCCGACUCCACCGCCCCCGGAGCCGAGCUUGUUUGUACCUUACCAACCACACGAGCAUUAUACCAACCUGCUUGAAGAAGAGCCGACUCCCGAAGUACCCUGCAGCGCCGAGGUGAUUGAGAACCAUGGUGUGAAAACAGAACCCGCAGCGUUAGCCCAAGCUCGUCUGUUCGUUGAUAAAUAUGAUCCGUACGAGGAAGAGGAUGCUGCUCUUCGACUCGUGAAGGAAGAGCCUACUGAUCACACCAUAUUUCAUUCUGUCAAGGAGGAAGUUUCUGAUGUUAAAAUCAAACCCGAGCCAUCUGAUAUCUCAGUGAAGGAGUGCCCGACAUUAAGUAAUGAACCAUCUCUCGCCUUGCAGGAAGCAAUCGCAAGAUUACAAAGUAUGCGUCACUCCCAAGGUAGUCCUCAAGCACGAUUAGACAGUGUCUUAUCGACACCUGAUGCAGCUCCGCCUCCCAUACCCAGAUAUGAGCGAGUGAAACCAGAGCCUCAAGAAGCAAUGAUCCCUCCUGCAGUAACAUCGGACUCAGCCGUGUCACACGACCCUCGGAUUCGUCAUAGUCUGCACUUAUCGACCGGUGUAUCGCCGUAUACCCUAGGAUCUUCUUCCAGCCCUUCUCGAGAACACCCAGCCCUAGUCAAGCCAGAACCAGUGGAAAUCUCUUUGACGAGCGUGACAACGCCUGUGAGAAAUAUGAAGAGUGUGAUCAAACCCAUCAACACACAAGACAAACACUCCUUACACACAGAUUCCGAGAAUUCGCGGUCCGCUGGUCCACGGCUGCGAGGGAUGUCUUUCAAGCGGAUUAAGCAGGAAGACAAUUUCUUGUCAGGAGACACCAAAAGAAUCAAAACAGAACAGGAUCACUAA